CGACGGAGUAACACUUCGCGCCUGGAAGAAGCUAGGCUAACUGCUAAUCCUCAGCUGAACGGGUUUAUUGUUUAAAAAGCUUGCAAGGUCGAUUGAGGACCAUGAGUUACGGAAGGCCUCCGCCCGAUGUCGACGGCAUGACGUCCCUCAAAGUGGACAACCUGACCUACCGAACGGCCCCCGAAACGCUCAGACGCGUCUUCGAGAAGUACGGCCGUGUAGGGGACGUCUACAUUCCCCGAGACCGCUACACCAAGGAGAGUCGGGGCUUCGCUUUUGUGCGCUUUUUCGACAAGCGAGACGCCGAGGACGCGAUGGACGCCAUGGACGGCGCGCUGCUGGACGGCCGCGAGCUCCGAGUCCAAAUGGCCCGGUACGGAAGACCACCAGACUCCCACUACGGAGGAGGACGGAGGGGCGGCCCGCCUCGCAGAUACAGCGGCUACGGACGCCGAAGCAGAAGCUAUUCCCCCAGCCCGAGGCGCCGGAGACGCAGCAGAUCUCGCAGCAGGAGCCGCUCUCGUUCACGGAGCAGAGAUCGCCACAGCAGGUCCAGGUCCAGAUCCUACUCCAGGUCCAGAUCCCACUCUCCCAGGAGGAAGAAGACCAAGGCCAAGUCAGAUUCUCGUUCCAGAUCUAGGUCCAGGUCCAAGUCUCGGUCCAGAAGCCGCACGCCCUCUUCUAAAGGAGGAUCCAGGUCGAGAUCUAAGAGUCUGCCCAAAUCAUCAGCAGAAAACGGAGGGGAGUCCCCGUGAUGAUAAGCCCAGGAACAGGUGAGUGAGGUUUGUAGCUUUUUAUGUUUUCUUGUGAAUUUUAACCUCAGUGGGUGGGACAUGAUUUCUUGCCAGAAUACAAAUUAAAGUUUAACUUUCACCAGUCUGUGUAUUCCCAUGUUUUUGCAGUUUUAUGUUCUAGACUUUUCUUUUUUAUUUCUAUUUACAGGUUGGUAAGUUGUAAGUGGAAUCAGCAAUUAUUGUUCAGUUACAAGUAAUAAGACUGUAUUUUCUUACCCCUUUGAGGGAUUUUGGGUGGGCUGAAUACGAAGCAACGUUUUUUUUUAGGAACAGCUCUGAUGAUAAACCAAAUCUGGAAUUCUUUCCUUCCCAAGCUGCAGCUUCCUGUUUGUUAAAGUGCCGUUUGAGCUGAGGCAUUGUGAGCAGUUAGUAGGUGUGUGCUGAGCUGCCAAACCGCUGCCGGCUGAGAGUGUCUAUGCAGCACGCUGGAGGCAGGCAGUGUUGGGGUGUGGUGUUGAGGUACGGCUGUGUGUACCCGCCAUUGGACAUAAAUUGUACGACCAGGUUCUGUCCUGAGCCGGGGGGGUGAAGGUGCUUGAGGGGAAUUGAGGUUUGUUCAAUGCUCCUCCUGUGUCAGUUUCAAUUUAACGUCUGUUAAUCUGUACGCUUACACCACGUAGGGCUACAGCAACCAAUUCAUUAUGAAUCAAAUAGUCAUCGGGAAUCAGAAUUUGAACUUGAUUUAUUUAGGCUUUUGUUAGAUGAAAGAUUGGGGGGAGUGGCCUGCAUGAACAUUUGUCGAGCUACACUUCUGUUGUCCAACUUUAACCCCCAUCCAAUACCCUUGUAACGAACUUAGUGUAGUUACAACUGUGCUAAAGUUAACAAAGAUCUUGUUUAGUCACAAAAGUCGAGCAACAAUAGGUUACUUACUUUUCUUUCCUCUAAGGUUUGAUUGCUUGAAUUAAUGGAUCGUCUUCCAGAUCAAACUAAGAUAAAAAAUGUAUAGAAUUCAGAAAGCAUCACACCAGAGAGAAUGCUUUCAAAAUGCAGAAACUAAGGCCCUGUGUCCAUUCGGUGUUUCGCAGUUGUGAUCUCGCUCCAUUUCGUGGUCCGUGACUCACACAAGAGAUCAGUUUCAGCAGAGUUCCAGUUUAGGGCACAAUGUAAAACGUCGUGAAGUGUGUACUAGACGACAACACUGGGGCACGGCAUAAGUUCAUCACAGGCGCAACACCUCCUCUUGAUAACCCUCUCAACUUGGGACAGUGUGCCAUCAUAAUCGUCCGUGAAUUCGCUGGAAUUCACAUCCUCAUUAGUCAUUGUUUGCUGUGAGACGCUGGAACUUUGCUAGCACCGUGGUGCAUUCUGGGAAGCGCAGGGGGCUGCCAGGGGCAUUAUGGGAAACGUUAAAGUACCGAAUAUAGUAUUUUUUAAAAAAAGUGAUGAGAGCGAGAACACAAAUGCUUCAUCCCAGCUGUUGUCAGUGUUUUCAGUUGCCUAGUCAGCUGCCACUGACUAGGCUAUGAUGUACUUCAAGAAUCAAGUGUUUGUCCAAUCUGCUGUCACAGAUGAGUAGUGGCUUUUUUUUUUGCCUCUGUUGUGACAGAUCAGUAAAAAUAAACCUCCCAUUUACGUGAAAAUGUACUGCAGCCACUUUCUGGGCAAAUUCAGGGACUUUAAACUUGAAGGCACUCAAAGUGACCACACACACACACACCAAAAAAAAAACAAAAAACAGUUGCAUACACUCUGUUCUCAUUUAAAGCCAUAGAAAAAAAUAGUGGUGUCUGGAAGAAAGCACUACGUGGACACGGGGCCUAAGAAUGUAAAAUGUAGUUAUAAAAAAACAACUCUUAUAAUAAAUGUCACAUAAUUGUAAAAUGGGCACAUUCAGACAUCAAUAUGAUAAAACCAUAAUCAAAAUAUAUAUGGUAGGUCCAUGUGAAAAAUGAGUACUUUAAAUAUCCAAUAUUAAAAAGUGAAGCGCUUGGAUGUGCUCGCUGUGCGGGCUGUUAAAGUCCCACAGCUGAAAUUUAUUUGAAUCCUAUCAAGAAUCAUUUAAGGAUUGACUCCAGUUUUAAUAAGACAAAUGUUUAGUUAUUUACAGAGAUGUCAUUAGCAGUCCAGGACCGUAUUUCAUGGUGUGCUAAGCUGUUUUUAUUUGAGUGUAUAUAUUAGCCUUCUAACAGCUGCUUGUUUUUGACAGUUUCAGGGGAAGACUUAGGAGCUCCAAGUCCAAGACUGGAUCCCACACAAGCAAGUUUUGUCUUGUAAAAGGUUAUUUUUUUUUUGUCUUCCAUGCCUUGAUCUGUUUUAUGGAUUUUGAUUUUUCGUGUUUUACUACAGUUUUAAUUUCCUUGUUAUAUGUUUGAUUAGUGAAUCUACAGUCUUUUAAUUUGGCUUUAUGUGGAGAAGAAUUUGUCAUGAUCUUGUUCCAUCACACGAGGGUUUGUCACAGUUAUAACAUUUGUCAGCUGUACAUUCAGUCUUGCAGGAAACAGCUCGACAACCGGCCCUGAAUUGGGCCAGAUACUGGUCUCUCUCUCUCUCUCCUGUGAUUGGUUGGCGGUCGAGACGCUGACGUCAGCCUCACUUAUGAUGUGGCGCGAGCGCUACUCUCCAAUUGGUCGUUUAGGAGUGGAAAUUCCCACUCCAACAUACAGGCCAGUACCCGGCCCAGUUCAUAGCCGGGCCGGUUGUCUGGCUAUGGAAACAUCAGGCUUUUUUUUUUUUUUUAUGCGCAUGCUUCUGUUUAGUCCGUGUUCAGCUAAGCUCAGUUGACUAGGAUCCUCCACCGUACUCCCACGCACAGAUGUGAUGUUCCUGACCAAACCUUUUACCUUUUUAUUAAUGUGCCACCAGUCUGUAGACGGGUCAGAAUACUGUCUUUUCAUUGUGUGGCUGGAGAAUGUUAAUGUACAGCCAAUUGGAUAUUUCUGUUUUAAGAGUAAAGUCACAGUGUCACGUUGCUGUUGGUGGCUGGAAGCUACAUCAGCAGCUGUAGAGCUCGAAUGAUAUAUCAGCCAGUAUGAUGAGCUUUUCCUGAAUGUAUCGGUAUGGGCAUUGUUUUUGCUGGUGUGAAAACUUUUAUCAAAUAAACAGUGCAGGAAAAUGUUGGAAAUGCUGUCGGGCAUGUCUGGGGCCCCCAUGCCCCCUGGCUGACAUUAGCUUCAAUAGAUUGAUUAAACAAGCUGCCAUUAUUUUCAGUUGAAGUGGGUGACUGCCAACUUGAGUGAAAGUAAUGUGACAGCAGCAUGACAUGCAUUGGUUGGUUAUAUUUCAGAAUUAUCUAUAAUAAAUUCAUGGUUAAACUGCAAAACAUCAAGCCUCAGUUACAUUUCUUUGCCAGAAAAAUAAGUUAGGAAUCAUUGGCAUCUUUAAUGCAUAUAUUGGCAGCAUACAUUUUUAUUUAUUUUACGCCCUAAUAUCAGUAUCUGUCUUCAAAACAAUCCGUGUCAGCUGGGCUCUACGUGAAAGAAUAGUUUGAUUUAACUGCUGGUGGCAUUUUAUUUUUUUGUAAAUGGCAAGCAAACACACUGCAGGAAAUGCCAACGUGUUAGUUAAAUAGCAGCCUCAGCAUCCUUGAACAGCUUGAAAUUGCAACUUGCAAAUACUGUGAAUUAAUCAGUUCAGAUUUUACACCGCCCCCCCCCCGGCCUGUUAACAAAACUGCUUUUAUGUUAUUGUCACAGUGAAGCUGAUUCCUUUGACAGGUUCUUUAUUUGCAGAGAAAAUUGAUUGUGAAAUUUACAGGUGAACAUGUGACAAGGUUGUAGCGUGUCACACUACGGUCCUGUUGCUCAAAAACAUUUUUCUGUUUGUUGUAAAAGUCAAGCAGUGUUGCUCUUCCAACUUAUAACAAAUGGGAUUUGCUGUAACAUUUGUAAGCUCCCUGAUUGGUUCUUUUCACUUGGGUUCAUGUGGUUGCUACAAUAAUUUUUGCUCAGCAGUCAGUGAAAACUACAGAUUGAGUACAAAACUAGAUGCCUGGCAGUGUGCCCAGGGAUACCCCACCUCUCGCUCAGUGACUGCUGGGGUAGGCUCCAGAAAA